AUGCCUGGCGACGAGAAAUACACCUUCUCCUACCUUGCACCUUUACCGUCGUACGAUGAAGCAAUCUCGUCGAGACCCUCGUCUUCCAAUUCAAACCUCGGACCGCAAGAGACAAGUGACGAUGCUGAAAGGCAAGGUCUCCUACAUGAACACAAUCUAGACAGCGACCAAACACGACGCAGCAACUAUGCUCCUCCCACUGCCGAGUCUGAGCGAGGCUCACUCGACUCCCUCGAUGGACUCGACGCAGACGAAGACGAGGAAGCUUCUGUCCGCCGUGAGAUGCAGGAGAUGGACAUUGAGGAUCCAACCGAUAGCGACUCGAACCGAAGCCUACUCUCCGAUCGAUUCAAGCGUUUUACUUCCUUCACCCACUCUCUACCCUCGAUAAGGUUACCCUCGUUACGGUGGUUGCUUCCCUCCUGGCGACCGCGCAUGCCUCAGAUAGAUUGGCAAGCCAUGGACAACAAUCGUGCCAUCAUACUCGGAAGACUGGUGGGGAUAUUCAUUAUUGGUGGACUACUGCGCAACAUUUACAUGUUCAAACCGGAUAGUAUAAGAAACUACGUUAUGGAUGGGAUACAAGAGUCUGAUAACAUACCGCGAUAUUUACAACGGAUUACACAAUACCCACACAUGGCUGGAACCGAAGGCAACUAUGUGCUUGGGGAGUGGGUGGAGGAAGAAUUCAAAGCUGGAGGUUUAGCUGACGUGCGUAUGGAAAGAUUUGAUGUCUAUCUGAAUUAUCCUAGCAAGGAAGGAAGAAGAGUGGCAAUAGUCGAACCUGAGAAUCUUCAGUGGGAGGCCAAGCUCGAGGAGAUCAGAGAGGAGACAUAUGUGUUUCAUGGACAUAGUGCUAGUGGAGAUGUGACGGGACACCUGAUUUAUGCCAAUUAUGGCUCGAGGCAGGACUUCGAAGAUCUCAAAAGCAAGAAUAUACCUUUGGAGGGAGCGAUCAUUUUAGUAAGGUACUACGGCACACAAGGCGAUCGUGCACUGAAGGUGAAAGCAGCUGAGCUGGCAGGUGCAGCGGGCUGUAUUAUCUACUCGGAUCCUGCUCAAGACGGGUCACUGAAAGGGCCAGUGUAUCCAGAUGGGAGGUAUAUGCCGCCUGAUGCUGUUCAGAGAGGCGCUGUCAGUCUGAUGUCAUGGGUUGUUGGUGAUGUGUUGAGUCCUGGUUGGGCCUCUACCUCUGGCGAGCCCAAGCGUCUGGAUCCAGCGGAGAGUGAAGGACUCAACAAGAUUCCUUCAAUACCACUAUCGUGGCGAGAUGCGCAACAUUUGCUGUCAAAUCUAAAAGGUCAUGGCCAAAAAUUAGAUGGUGAAUGGGUCGGCGACUCUAGCGUUGAAUACUGGACUGGCGAUGCAACAUCACCCAAGGUGAAUUUGAGGAACCUACUGGAAGAGGAGCGGAGACAGCCGAUCUACAACAUCCUUGGCCGGAUUGAGGGUCUCGAGCAGCAUACGAAAAAGAUAAUAGUCGGCAACCAUCGUGAUGCAUGGUGUACCGGCGCCGCUGAUCCAGGCAGUGGCACGGCUGUUAUGCUUGAGGUAAUUCGACAGUUUGGUGAACUACAGAAGCAAGGUUGGGCACCACUGAGAACUAUCGAGUUUGCCAGCUGGGACGGUGAAGAGUACAAUCUGAUUGGUUCUACUGAACAUGUCGAGAAUAGAUUAGAAGACCUCAAAAGAGAUGGCGUUGCUUAUAUCAACCUGGAUACAGCUGUUAGUGGAAUCGACUUCCACGCUUCAGGUUCGCCUAUGCUCGAGAAAGCUCUCAAGAACGUUUUGGCACGAGUCGCAGAUCCCGGCACAAACAAAUCACUUCACGAAACAUGGGACCACGAAGGACGAUCGCUCGAAGGACUUGGUGCUGGUAGCGAUUAUGUUGCUUUUCAGGAUAUUGCAGGUGUACCUUCGCUUGACCUUGAGUUCAGAGGGCAAGAGUUCCCCUAUCACAGUUGUUACGACAACUACGAAUGGAUGAUCAAGUUUGGUGAUCCAAACUGGUACUAUCACAAGACAAUGGCUCAGGUAUUGGCCCUGGUCAUCCUCGAGCUUUCGGAUCACGCUUUAAUUCCACUCGAUUUACAAGCUUACAGCAACGCACUCGGCGGUUACAUUGACAAACUCGAAAAAGAUGUCAAUGGUGAUAGUACAACGUCCCACAAGCUUGAUGUUCAGCCACUGCGGUCAGCAGCUGACAUCCUCGAGCAAGAAACCGCCCGCUACAUGGACUUUGAUAAUGAAUGGCACAGCCAGAUAUUCGCCACAGGUGGGUUUGAAACCAGCUUCCUGGGCCUCAAGCGUAUGGAACGCAAUGCUAAGCUGGAGCACUUCGAAAAGACAUUACUCGACGAUGUAGGCCUGGUCAACAGAACACAAUUCAAACAUGUCAUAUUCGGACCACAAAAAUGGAGUGGUUACGAUGAAGCCUUCUUCCCAGGCGUCAGAGACUGGGCCGAAGUUGGCGAUAUGCAGAAAGCACAAGAGGAGGUGCAGAAAGUCGCAGACAUUAUCAUCAGCGCUGCGGCACAGUUAGGAUGA